ACAAAAAAAACAACCCUUAAUCAGUUUUGUUUUUCUCUCAUUUUCCUUCACGAUGGCUAGCAGUGUGCCACUGUUGCGAAAUUCGCUACAAAAAGGAAAAUACGUCCCGUUAAUAGUAAGUUGCAAACAGUUAGUGUCGUGUCCUCAUACUAUAUCCUAUAUCCCGCAGCAAUGUAAACACAGUGCAGCAAGUGCCAGCAAUCAGCUGGAGAAAAUUCGGGAGCGACUGGAGAGUGGACCAAACUUUCAGGACUUUGUGCAACAUCCGGACUAUAACAAAGAGGAUUGGUCCGCGUACGAAGGCAAACUGCGCCGUGAGAAGGGUGAAAAUGAACGGUUGCGUUUGCCACCUUGGCUGAAGACUAAAAUUCCAAUGGGUAAAAAUUUUACCCGCAUUAAGGAACAACUACGUGAGCUAAAGCUAGCAACGGUAUGCGAGGAAGCGAAAUGUCCAAACAUCGGUGAAUGCUGGGGAGGUGGUGAGCAUGGCACUCAGACGGCUACUAUAAUGUUGAUGGGUGACACCUGCACACGAGGAUGUCGAUUUUGCAGCGUGAAAACGGCACGUGCACCACCCCCUCUAGAUCCGGCAGAACCAAUGAAUACGGCUACGGCCGUUGCAUCAUGGGGAUUGGAUUACAUUGUCCUUACAUCGGUCGAUCGUGAUGAUCUACCAGACGGAGGAUCAAAGCAUAUUGCUGCAACGAUCAAAGAAAUUAAGAACCAGAAUCCUCGUAUUUUCGUCGAAUGCCUGGCACCAGACUUUCGUGGUGACGUCGAAUGUAUCGAAACGGUCGCCAUGUCUGGACUGGACGUGUACGCGCACAAUAUCGAAACGGUUGAAGCACUGACACCGUUUGUCCGCGACCGUCGCGCUCGCUAUCGACAAAGUUUAGAGUGUCUGGCGAGUGUGAAACGAUUCAAUCCGAAUCUCAUGACCAAAUCCUCAAUAAUGCUUGGGUUGGGCGAAACGGAUGAACAAGUUGAACAAACGCUCAAAGAUCUUCGUUCGGUCGGUGUCGAUUGUCUUACGCUUGGGCAGUACAUGCAACCUACUAAACGACAUCUGAAGGUGAUCGAAUACGUGACGCCGGAAAAGUUUAAACACUGGGAGGAACGAGGCAAUGCGCUUGGCUUUCUGUAUACGGCCAGUGGCCCACUAGUACGCAGCUCAUACAAGGCGGGUGAAUUUUUCAUCACCAGUAUUCUGCGCAAUCGAGCUACGGCCGAGGCAGCUAGAAGAGCGAAGGAAGACGUCCCCCUAGACGUAACCAAGAGUGUCUAAUAAUCUGAAGCCCCGUUUGAGCACAUCGGUUCCUGAACAAAUUGUUAUUGCUUUUGAUUAGUAAAAUAGUGCAAUAAAUGUUAUUUCCUUCAUGUGGAAAAGAUAAAA